GAACGUAAAUCCGGGGCCCUGAGCUCUCGCGUUGUGAGACAGGUGUAUCGGGCGCAGUUUUGUGUUGUGCCGUUUAAAUCGAUGCCAAUCACCGGGACUACCCAAUUCAGUAAUUAGUGAUUCUUCGGUGAAGCUCUCGGUCGCCCAUUGUGCAAUGAUCUAAAAAGGCGUGUUCCGACGACACCGAACCGAAAUGUGAAAAGCUGCUAUUCGUCACGUGCCGUUGACGGGGAUCAUCUCGAGUGGCCAGAGUGUGUGGCCCAAUUAUCGGACCAGCGACCUCCAAUAUCUUUGCGUCCCAGCCUGGGGCCGCGGGUUUUUUUCGUCCACCGACCAACAAAACUCUAUCUGGGCACCCGAAAGGAACUGCAGUCCAUCAGCGGACGUUCCCGGGGACGGAUAGAGUGUAUCGCGAGCGUGUGUGAGGUCACUUCGACGACGACGACGCCCGGAAUCGGGGAUUUUCCCGCAAACCACGGGCACGCAGAUUAGCACGCGAUAGAGCGCGAUGGUGCUUCCGUUUAAUACCACCACCGAGGCGAAUGGCCGGCCCGCUGCUGCAGCGCCUCCUCAACCGACGGCCCCACCCAUGGCCGCACUAAUAACCCCCGAGACGGCCGGAGGACAGAUGGAGCAGGACUUUAACCACCCGGACCACCCCGGUGGCGCUUACGGGCAGUUUGUGGAUCUGCUGCUGCUGGGCAACAAGGAGAACUAUCUGAUCCGGGCCGAGCGGAAGGCCAUCCUGGACUCGAACACGGUACUGGCGCAGCUCGUGACCAGCAGCAGUGGCGGCAAGUGUGUGGUGCGCGACGUUGAUCGCGUCAAUUUUGAGAUUUUCGUACGGUAUCUCGAGACAAAGUUCGUCAAAUUCACCUCGCCAACGCACACGCUCGAGAUGCUCGAGCUGGCCACUCGGUUCCAGUGCCGCCAGCUGGAGAUACACUGCGUGAAGGAGUUGGACCUGAAUCUGAGCGUAGACCACGUGCUCGAGGUGUACCGAGCGCUCUGGUUCUACAACUCGAUCGCCCCACCAAAGAUCGCGCCGACGGAGCGCGAGAGGAAGCGUCGCUGCUGCCCAACCGGGCGCCGGAAGGGCGCCCCGAACGGUGGCGAGGGCCCCCUGACACCGGAAGAGUACUUUGCGGCCCUUCUCGCCAACUGCCUGCAGCUGAUCGAUAUGCACGCCGAGGAGGUGCUCUCGCAGAAGGCCAUGCUUUCGCUGCGCUUCCCGGAGCUGGAGAUGAUCGUGCGGCGCGAUGCCCUUCAGCUGACCUCCGAGACGGUACUGCUCGAUCUGCUGGCCCGCUGGAGUUUGGAGGAUUGCAACCGCAAGGGCGUCGAUCCGACGGCCGAAAACCGUCGCCGGGCACUGGGGGCCCUCUGCUACGCGCCCCGCUACCUCACGAUGACCCGGCGUGAGUUCGAGGGCGCCAAGGAACGCAUCGAGCUGCUCGAUCCGGUCGAAUCGCAGCUGGUCGGUGAUCUGAUCACCGGCGGGAAGGGGGGCCGUAAACAGGGGGCCAAUCUUACACCGGAACAGCAAGCCCUGGUGCUCCGCUUCCAGGCGGAACGGCCCGCAUUCGCCCUCCUUCCGAUCCACCUCAGCCAGCGCAGCCAUCCGCGUAACUAUCCGAAAAAGAUGCGCAAAGCGGCCGCGGAUGCAGAGCGCGAACCACGGAACGGAGGCGGCUGCUGCGAUCGGCUGCUGCUGAACUGCAUUUCCGUUUUUGCGUGCAUCUUCGGCUAGCGGUGUUGCCUGUAGGGGCAAUGAGACCCCUCCCCGCUUAGCGCGAACAACCCCCUACAACGGCAACACCCCCAGCGCGGCCACCAAAGACUAGGCGUGUGUGCCAGGCACCACACCACACACCGUCAAACCACUGACUUUUAGAAUGGUCCACAACGAACCGAGAAAUCUCGCCCCGCUCAAAAAAACGGUUGUCGGAAGGACCGGAAGGACACGCGACGACCGCUUUUUGUGGUUAGUUUUUAUUUCGAAACAAUCAUCAUUUCAACGCAAGCGUCUAGCACAAUGAGCCAAACGCUGUUCCUCGCAGAGGGGACACCGUUUCGGUACUACUGCUAAGUGAUUUAUUAGCAAAACUUUAUGCGGUGCGUUAUCAACUGACUCUAGAAACUUAUUAUUAGUUCGCAAUUGCUUUACUGCAAGCCCUUGUUAUCAUGUUGUAUAAUGGGAAAUUUAUCGAAACGAUGAGAGGAGAUGGCAUGUUACACUCGGAACACUGCAGAGGGUUUUUAAAACAGAACAUUUUAAAUCAGAGACAGAAUGAGACAAAAAGCUACAGCAGCAACAGGCACUCUCUCGCUCGGUCACAGCUUCAGCUGCACACGCGAUUCAAUCAAAGGAAACAUUUUACCAGUAUUUGCGCCCCGGAACAAGAUGCCGGUUAUACCGGCCCCAAAAGCUUCGUCCACGUGUCCGCUAGACACAGAAACGGAACGGAAUCCUCACUCACUUUCUGGCUGUGUGUUUCUCAUUUGUUGGCAGUAGCUGCUGUUGGUGAUUUGUUGAAAUCCUAUUGUUCUUUUAUGACGCGCCGCUCGGUACGAGAGCAUCUGAAUGCGACUUUUGAUUUCAUUUCCUCUAGUUUACUUGUUCCACUAGCGACAGGGAAAGGUGUAGCAGCUUAGCGCGUAGCAUUCUCUUUUGCUCGUUGGUAAUCGAUAUUAGAAGAAAAUUCGCUAGAAAUGUGUUAUAGUGUAAUCCGUUUGAGUUUGUGCAAAGUUUAAUGUGAACACAUUUAAAACAUACGUAUACAUAUAUCUGCCUGUUAUAUGAAAACGCUAAGCACCCGCCCAGGGUAGGCAAAUGAACAAGAAAAGAAGAAUAUUAUUCGUGUUUGUAAAACAUAAGUUGCCAUUUCUGUCGUCCCGUGAAAUUGUAACCCUUACAGCAAAACGGCGGAAGUCAGUGUUUGCUGUGGUUGAUGAUUAAGAUCGACAAAAAAUAAACUAGUAAAUG